AUGAGGGCUCUGUCAACGAACACAGUGUUUGUCAGGUGCUGGGCCACCACGGCCGAGUCGGGGUCCUGGAACUUUACAAAGCACACACGCGACGACACCGGCAAGGGGGAGUCACUCCAUUGCACGUUCUUUAGCAGCUGUUUUGGAGCUGCUGUGGAAUCAGUUGUUUCCCUCUGCAGGUUGCCUUACACCCUGGGGAACCUCCCUCAGCUGAAAUUCCUGGCGCUGGAGGGAAAUCCUUUGAGAACCAUUCGGAGAGACCUGCUGCAAAAAGGCACCCAGGAACUGCUGAAAUACCUGAGAAGCAAAAUCCAAGAUGAUGCACCUGGCCCCAAUGAAGAGCCUCCUGUGACAGCCAUGACUCUUCCCAGCCAGUCCAAGGUCAACAUCCACGCCAUAACCACACUGAAAUUACUGGAAUACAGUGACAAGCAGGCCGCAGAGAUCCCCGAGGCCGUGUUCGACGCCGUGGGCGCCAAUCCCGUGGCCACCGUGAACUUCAGCAAGAACCAGCUCAGGGAGAUCCCCCCAAGGCUGGUGGAGCUGAAAGACUCCGUUUGUGAUGUCAGCCUGGGCUUCAACAAAAUCUCCUCCAUCUCCUCAGAGCUGUGCCUGCUCCAGAAAUUAACACAUUUGGAUCUCAGAAACAAUGUUCUGACAGCCUUGCCUGAGGAAAUGGAGGCACUGAAAAGACUGCACACAAUAAAUCUUGCUUUUAAUAGGUUUAAGGUGUUUCCCAGUGUCCUGUAUCACCUCCCAGCCCUGGAGACCAUCCUGCUCAGCAACAACCAGGUGGGAUCCAUCGACCCCCUGCAGCUGAAGGCCCUGGAGAAGCUGGGAACGCUGGACCUGCAGAACAACGACCUCCUCCAGGUGCCCCCAGAGCUGGGCAACUGUGAGAACCUCAGGAGCCUGCUGCUGGAAGGGAACCCGUUCCGCACGCCCCGCGCCGCCGUGCUGGCCAAGGGCACGGCUGCCGUGCUGGAGUACCUGCGGAGCCGUAUUCCCACCUGAGCCCUGGGCCUGGGCACUGCUCCUGGGCCUGGGCACCCCUCCUGGGCCUGGGCACCCCUCCUGGGCCUGGGCAUUCCCACCUGAGCCUGGGCACUCGUCCUGAGCCUGGGCAUUCCCACCUGAGCCUGGGCAUUCCCACCUGAGCCUGGCCUGGCCAAGGGCAGGGCUGCACUGCUGGAACACCUGCAGAGCCACAUUCCAGGCCCACAGGAGCAGGCUGGUCCCCCCUGUCCCCCCAUCAGCCCUGGGCUCCACUGCCCCAUCCUUCUGCUCCUGGCUGGGAGUCUGCCUGGCCACGAGCCUUUGUUGCAGUGUUAAAAACCCAGGUGUGGAAUAUUCCCUGCCCUCUGCAUGUUCCAGCAGGGAUUUCAGCAUCCCACCCUGCGUUUGCAAUAAAGGACAGCAGGGAAAGCUGCCUUCAGCACAGCCACGGUGCUUCCUGCAGCUGAGCUGGGCUCUGGAGAGAGUCGUCACCAUCAGAGCCUUGGGGCCAAAGGCAGAAGGGAGCACUGUGGGUUUUGUAUUCCUUUUUUAUCUUGUGUCACUGCUGUUCCCAGAACUGCCCUGGUGUGAGUGAGGCGGAGUGCUUGAGCUGUGAGGGGGUGAGAGGUGCCCCAGGUGUGUGCAGGGCUCACCUGGGUCAGAGGGGCUGGUGCUGCAUGGAGACAAUAAAUGUUCCCUUGGACAUCUGCUUUGG